GAUUCCAUUUUCGUCUUCUUCCUCUUCAUUUCAUCACUCUCUCUGAAAUCGCCGAUUUUUUUUAUACCAAUUUCUAUAAGACAAUCACCUCCAUCCAUAACUCGAAUCCACAAGAUUAUGGUUUAAUUCCCUCUACCCUUUUCGAUUUAGAGUUUCAGAAUUUCAGAAUUUCAAUCCUAGUACAGAACGAAGCUGAUUCAUGGUUAUGGCUCUAAGCUUUCUUUCCCCAACUGAAAUGAAGUCGAUUUCCUUCAUGGAUUUCACCAAAUCAAUUAACCCAUCUGUUAAGCUUUCAGGUGCUUUUGCUUUGAAGAGGAAGGAAAAUAGAAGAAUCUAUGGAAAUAGGAGAAUUGUUUGUGCUGCUCAGUCACCGGCGGCGCCGGCGCCUCCUCCGGCGUGGCCAGGGAGAGCAGUUGUUGAUGUUGACCUUAAAAAGUGGGAAGGACCAAAACCCAUUUCUAUAGUUGGAUCUACAGGCUCAAUUGGAACUCAGACACUGGAUAUAGUUGCAGAGAAUCCAGAUAAGUUUAGGGUUGUUGCAUUGGCUGCUGGAUCAAAUGUUACUCUUCUUGCUGAUCAGGUCAGGAGGUUCAAACCUCAAUUGGUUGCUGUAAGAAACGAGUCAUUAGUUGACGAACUGAAAGAGGCUUUGGCUGAUAUCGAUUACAAACCAGAGAUUAUUCCAGGAGAACAGGGUGUAAUUGAGGUUGCUCGGCAUCCAGAGGCUGUUACCGUAGUAACUGGAAUAGUAGGAUGUGCUGGUCUUAAGCCUACUGUGGCUGCAAUCGAAGCUGGAAAAGACAUAGCCUUGGCUAACAAAGAAACCCUAAUAGCUGGUGGUCCUUUUGUUCUUCCUUUAGCUCAAAAACAUAAAGUGAAAAUUCUUCCAGCUGAUUCCGAGCACUCUGCUAUCUUUCAGUGUAUACAAGGGUUGCCCGAGGGUGCUCUUAGGCGUAUUAUUUUAACUGCUUCAGGCGGCGCUUUCAGAGAUUGGCCUGUUGAAAAAUUGAAAGAAGCUAAAGUGGCUGAUGCUUUGAAGCAUCCUAACUGGAGUAUGGGAAAAAAAAUUACAGUCGACUCUGCAACCCUUUUUAAUAAGGGUCUAGAAGUUAUAGAAGCCCAUUACCUAUUCGGGGCAGAAUAUGAUGAUAUCGAGAUUGUGAUCCAUCCUCAGUCUAUUAUUCAUUCCAUGAUCGAAACACAGGAUUCAUCGGUGUUAGCACAACUAGGAUGGCCAGACAUGCGUUUGCCAAUCCUAUACACAAUGUCUUGGCCAGACAGAGUGCCUUGUUCUGAAAUAACUUGGCCUCGUCUUGACCUUUGCAAGCUUGGAUCGCUGACUUUCAAGACUCCUGACCAUAAGAAAUACCCGUCAAUGAAUCUGGCUUAUGCUGCUGGACGGGCAGGAGGAACUAUGACCGGAGUUCUUAGCGCAGCUAAUGAGAAAGCUGUCGAGAUGUUCAUUGACGAAAAGAUCAGUUAUUUGGAUAUCUUUAAGAUCGUGGAGCUGACCUGCGAGAAGCAUCGGGCAGAAUUGGUGACUGCUCCGUCGCUCGAAGAAAUUAUACAUUAUGAUCUAUGGGCCAGAGAUUUUGCUGCUGCUAUCAAACUUUCAUCUGGUUUGAAAUCUGUUCCUGUGUGAUUUUAUUUUUUUGAAAAAUAAUGAUAGUAAAAAGGAAAUAAUUUCAUCCUAUUCAUAUUGGAUGUGUCAAUAGUGAACAAUAUUAAUGUAUGAGUGUGUCAAUUCAUAAAAUAAUUUGUCACCUCUGAGUGGAACUAUUACUUUUUAAUUUUUU